GUGGUAGCUGGUUUACCCAGAGAAAGGAAUUGAGGGUUGAAUUGGAUGCAGUUUGGCUGCGGUUCAAUAGAGGGAGCAGAGGAGCUGAGAGAAAAAGCCAAAGAACGUGUCUGGUUCAGUGUGCGCGCCCAAGCCCGGGCCCUAGCCAGCCGGAGGAGGAGGGGCAGGACGAGGGGUGGUUGCCUCUGGCUGCUCCACCCUCACUUUGUGUCAGCAGGUAGAGAGCGUGAUUGCAGUCUCAGGGGAGGGAGGCCGAGCUAGAACACCAAUUACAAACCACAGGCUUCCUCCUCUAGGGAGUUGAUCCAGAAUUGUCUUUCUGGAAGAGAAGCACUCGAAUCCUUCUGAACUUUCCAAGUCCAUCCAUGAUUCAGAGAUAUUGCCUUCUCCCUCUGGGAUUUUCUGUGUUCCUGGUAGUGAAUUGUUGCUUUGCUUCUCUUCUCUUUCAAGAUUUGAUCAUUUUAUAUGCUGUUCGGGGAGAGAAAGAACUUUUGUUAGAAAGGAGAUUUCAGAAAUGACUUUGGAUCCUCUAUAAGUGUUUUAGAAUUCUGGGGACAGUAGCUCUAACCCUGGAGUAAGUUUCUGCCUUUGACCUGCAUGGAUUAUCUUUUCAGGCUGUGGAAUUUCUCAGCACCUACCUGCAGUGUGGGGUACUUGGUUUGGUUGCCGAGUAAGAAGGUGGAAGAAUGAGCUGUACUUGGUUAAACUGUUGAAAUCUUUUUUGAGCAGGAUCUAUAAAAGCAUAAUUGAAUUUGUUUCACCCCCGUGGAUUCCAGUGAGCCCGACAGCGCAACAGGUUUGCAGAUUUCUUUUGAAAUUCUUUUUUCCUCCCUCUGCCUCAGCAAAAGAAUCUGUAUAACAGGUUCAUGUUCAAUUGCUUGGCUCUUCAGCACUUACUCUGAAGACUUUAUAAGAUUUUAAAAAUUUGACCUCUGAACACAGUGGGCUUUGUGGUUGGAGUGCAUUUAUAUUUACUUAAGGGUGCACAUUUUAAAAUCUUAGAAUAAGAUUUUUGUUUGUACAAAGACCCUGAUUCUGAAGUGUGCUUAGAAAUUGCACAGAUCUACCCUGCUCUGGCUUUUUACUUUUCCAGGGCAUUCUACUUAGAGCCUGUAGACUAAUCACCUCCUUACUCCCCCUAUCUUUUAUACCCCACCCCCUCAAGGAAUUUAAAAACGUGUUAGGAAUAGUCCUUUGUUUUACUUAUGAACCUAGAAAAUUACAGAUUAUAAAAUCGGGAUAAUAAAGUAGUUUCCAAAAGCAUCUCAUGGGAAAUCAAAGUGCUUGGCAUUCUCAAGCAGGAGAAUACAAGCUGGAAUCCCUCAGAGAGAAAGAAAAAUAAAGAUAGAAAUACAGUUUUUAACUGGGGAAAAUAAUUGGAAAGCUAACCUUUUCAAAUAGUCUUCUCAUUUGAAAGUUGGAAAAGGUUGUGAAGUUCAGGAUUAUCCUGUAUAUGAGAAGACAUACAAAUUACCACCUAUUUUACAGGCAAAUUUGGUAGAACAUUUAAAAGUUAUAGUAUAUUUUAAGUUCAUGAAAAAUAUUCUAAAUUUAACGGGCCUAGAACUUUGGCCACGUCGAAAUACAGUUCAGUGUACAAACUUUUAUGAAUACAUGUUGUAGCAUCUUUGGAUAUUUCUCCAGGUGUGACCUGAAAUGUUCUCUCUCCUUCCCUGUUUAAAAUAAAAAUUCUCUGUGAUCUUUAGCCUUUUACCACUGACAAAUUAUGUCGCUUAAAAAGGGCCAUGUCUUCAUUUUUUACGCUGGAGUUUUUCACUCUCACCUUUAAUGCAUGGCCUUAGUUGUUUACUUUGCCUUGUUUUGUUCAUUAACAUUGGGUUUAGUGGCUCUACAACUUUGAUGCAUAUGGAAGACCAGCAGCAAGAGAUCUGACAUUAAAAAAAAAAAAUUCAGAAUGUGACAUUCAAUCUCAAGCAAAGUUGGAAAUUCCACAGAGAAGUGGUGAUAUCUUACUAAUAAUAGUGAAGAUGGGAGAAAAUGACAUACCUGCAGCAGAAGUGGGCUGAAAACACCCUCUUCUCGCCAGAUCAGGAAUGCCACCUGUUCUUGGGAAUAUACUUUAGAAAAAGGAAGGGCCAAAACUAUGACUUGGGUUUCUGAAACCAAAGCAUAAAUUCUCUCGUCCUUCAAUUGUCUGGAUCUGAGAACCUGCGUUUGGAAUUAGCUAGUGGAAGCAGUAUGUAUGGCCGAAGUGCAUUGCUGCAGCUGGUAGCAUGAGUGGUGGCCACCAGCUGCAGCUGGCUGCCCUCUGGCCCUGGCUGCUGAUGGCUACCCUGCAGGCAGGCUUCGGACGCACAGGACUGGUACUGGCAGCAGCGGUGGAGUCUGAAAGAUCAGCAGAGCAGAAAGCUAUUAUCAGAGUGAUCCCCUUGAAAAUGGACCCCACAGGAAAACUGAAUCUCACCUUGGAAGGUGUGUUUGCUGGUGUUGCUGAAAUAACUCCAGCAGAAGGAAAAUUAAUGCAGUCCCACCCCCUGUACCUGUGCAACGCCAGUGAUGAUGACAAUCUGGAGCCUGGAUUCAUCAGUAUCGUCAAGCUGGAGAGUCCCCAACGGGCCCCCCGUCCCUGCCUGUCACUGGCCAGCAAGGCCCGAAUGGCGGGUGAGCGAGGAGCCAGCGCCGUCCUCUUUGACAUCACCGAGGACCGAGCUGCUGCGGAGCAGCUGCAGCAGCCUCUGGGGCUGACUUGGCCAGUGGUGUUGAUCUGGGGUAAUGAUGCUGAGAAGCUGAUGGAGUUUGUGUACAAGAACCGAAAGGCCCAUGUGAAGAUUGAGCUGAAGGAGCCCCCGACCUGGCCAGAUUAUGAUGUGUGGAUCCUCCUGACGGUGGUGGGCACCAUCUUUGUGGUCAUCCUGGCUUCGGUGCUCCGUAUCCGGUGCCGCCCACGCCACAGCAGGCCGGAUUCCCUUCAGCAGCAAACAGCCUGGGCCAUCAGCCAGCUGGCCACCAGGAGGUACCAGGCCAGCUGUAGGAGGGCCCGGGCUGAGUGGCCAGACUCAGAGAGCAGCUGCAGCUCAGCCCCUGUGUGUGCCAUCUGCCUGGAGGAGUUCUCUGAGGGCCAGGAGCUACGAGUCAUUACCUGCCUCCACGAAUUCCACCGUGCCUGUGUGGACCCCUGGCUCUAUCAGCAUCGGACUUGUCCCCUCUGCAUGUUCAACAUCGUAGGGGGAGAUUCAUUUUCCCAGUCCCUGGCACCCUCUCGGUCUUACCAGGAACCAGGCCGGAGACUCCACCUUAUUCGUCAGCAUCCUGGUCAUGCCCACUACCACCUCCCUGCUUCCUACCUGCUGGGCCCUUCCCGGACGGCCGUGGCUCGGCCUGCACGACCUAGUCCCUUCCAACCUGCCCAGGAGCCAGGCGUGGGCCCCCGGCACCACCGCCUCCCCAGAGCUCCACAUCCCCUGGCUCCAGGCGAGCAGCAGCAUCGGACAGUGGCCCAGCACCCCUUUGCGCAGAGCUGGGGUCUGAGCCGCCUCCAGUGCACUGCACAGCACACUGCCGCUUGCCCAGCACCCCCACGCCGGGCCAGGCCUCAUGACAGCAGUGGGUCCGCAGAAAGCUACUGCACAGAACGCAGCGGCUACCUGGCAGAUGGGCCAGCCAGUGACUCCAGUUCGGGGCCCUGUCAUGGCUCUUCAAGUGACUCAAUGGUCAACUGCACAGACAUCAGCCUGCAAGGCAUCCAUGGCAGCAGUUCUACCUUCCGCAGCUCUCUCAGCAGUGACUUUGACCCCUUGGUCUACUGCAGCCCUGAAGGGGAGCCCCAGGGGGAGGAGACGCAGCCCAGUGUGACCUCGCGACCCCGUUCUUUGGACUCGGUGGUGCCCAGAGGGGAAGCCCAGGUUUCCAGCCACGUCCACUAUCAUCGCCAUCGGCACCACCACUACAAAAAGCGCUUCCAGUGGCACGGCAGGAAGCCUGGUGCUGAAACUGGGGUCCUCCAGUCCCGGCCUGCUGUUCCUCGGACACAGCCCCAGCCAGAGCCGCCCUCUCCUGAUCAGCAAGCUGCCAGAUCCAACGCAGCAGCCCCUACCGGGCAGCUCCCACAACAGCCCGGGGCCCUCACAGAGCCAGCCCCAGACCUAAAUGAUGCUUCCAGCCCCAGUCCCAGUCCCAGCAGUCUCUUCCACUUGCAGAAAUCUGGCUUCCCUGUCCGACACCCACAGAGGAAACGGCGGGGGGGUCUCUCAGAACCUACCCCAGCCUCUCGGCCCCAGGACUUGACUGCACACCUAACUUGCCAGAUUUCCGCCCAUUAUGACCCCAGCCUGGCAUACCCUUGGUCCCCAGAGGCCCACCCGUUGAUCUUCGGACCUCCGGGCCUAGAAAGGAGGAUGGUACCAGAAACCCCAGGUGCCUGUUACCCAAGUUCACAGCCAGUGUGGUUGUGUCUGACUCCACGCCAGCCCCUGGGACCACACCUACCUGGGGAAGGGCCUUCCAGAUGGAGUUCUGGCACCCCAGAGGGCAGGCCGUGCCCUUACCCACACUGCCAGGUGCUGCCAGCCCAGCCUGGUGAGUUUUCAGGGGAAGCGGGUGUGGUGGGGAGAGGAGAUGAGAGCUGUAUAUUGCAGAACAAAUGAAAUCCAAUGACAAGGGGUUGAUGGGAGUUGAGAAGUGUACAACAGGUGUGACAGUCAAAAUACUGAACUACUGCCAUUGCCUAGGAUGCUGGCUAGAGCGCUCUGGCUCUGCCAGGUGUCAUUCCUUGGUUACAGAUCAUAGGGAGGUCUCAGGGGAAGUCUUCGUGUGGCAUAGAUGUUAGAAAACACCUGGGGUGGAAGACCUUGGGCAUCUGGAAAGGUCUGAGCUAGGACUCGGGGCUCCUGAGUUGUGAAUGGAGCCGGGGGUCAGGAAGUGUGGCUCUGUGUGGAUGGGUUCAGGCCCUCCAAGGAGGAGGGAGUGGCCUUGGGUUCCUGGGUUCUGGCUAGAGCAGGGUCAAGUAGACAGGGUCAGAUUUCCACCUCAGAUCCAGGUGAGAAUUCUGUUCUGGACUGAAGUUGACCCCCUCAGGAGGGAGACACGGUUCCUGGACAUAUUUCGAGGAGCAAAAUUAUGAACCAGGCAGGGGUGUUACCAGAAAGGGGACCUGUCCCUGAGAGGGUCUGCCUAGGGCUGGUGGUACUGUAUGGUCAAGUCUGGUAGUACUUGACUUCCUGCAGAAAAAUUUCACAACAGGAAUCCAGGUGAAUUUUAGAGGCUGUUUAUUAAAGCUGGGGACAGUGAAACAAAGGAAAUGAGACUAGGCUGGGCUGCUUUGGCUCACUAAGAAGUC